AUGACUAUAGAUGAGGACGCUUCGCUGUGGAUUUUCGGCUACGGGUCUCUGAUGUUCAAGAGACCUUUACAUCAUAUGCCGAUUUCGGACACCUUUGAACGAUACGAUGGCUACAUCGAGGGGUACAUUAGAAGAUUCUGGCAGUCCUCCAGCGACAACAGAGGCACUCCGGAGUACCUUGGAAGAGUGGUGACCAUAAUCCCUGCAGAGGAGGUUCUAUACAACGAGAAAAUGCAAGAGUCUCUCCUGAAACACGAACUUAACCAUGAAAAAUAUCGGCAGUUACUCCAAGAGUUUUCUAACGCCAACGACGAAUUUGAAGAAAAGGAAAAACUGAAUGCUAUCUCCUCAUUGCUGAAAGUCAAAGGAUGUGUCUACCGUGUGCCUCCGCAACAUGCCAAACUAGCUAGAGAAUACCUAGACUUGCGUGAACAAGACGGUUAUACUGUGGAAAACGUGGAGUUUAUCUGUGAUGGAGACGGGAGAAGGAUUAAUUGCCAGGUAUAUGUGGGCACCCCGGAGAACACCUCCUUUGUUGGCGCCGAAGAAGAUGAUAAGACUGCCGCAAUUAUCCACAAGGCUGUCGGCCCGAGCGGACCCAAUGACGAGUACCUACUUCGUUUACAAGAACAAGACCCAUGUGACACCUACCUGCUAAACCUCAAAAACAUUGUGCUCUCAAAGAAAGCCGCUUGA